AUGCUGUCCCAAACUAUCGAUAUAUGUUCACGCGUUUGCGGUGACUCUCGUGAUUCUGUCAACCAUAUCAGCGGACGCUCGGCUCUACUUAUCUACUCAGGCCCGAAAGUGUUCCUCUUCAUGGGAGCGGCUCACAGGAUACGGCUGGGCAAACUUCCACAUUACCGAUUAUUUCAUCCGUAUCCCGUCACAUCCUUGUUUAUCCUCGGUUGGUCAUUUGACCCGGCUGGAAAGUGUCUGGUGACGCCGAGCUUCACCUUCCAGAGGACCCACAAAUUCCCUUUCCUCGACGUGGCCACCAAAAUUCGCUCUAGGGAGACUGUAUCAGAUGAGCAUCAUGGGCGCUUUCAGUCCACGCUGACCGUGAUAUUCGCAAGAAUGGAACUGACGGACACAACGGACUCCGUCCCAUUAACUUGGCGUUUCUGGCGUGCGUGCAUAAUCGCCAACGUCCAAACCGAAUGCCACAGUCACACCAUCACAGACGACAGCAUCGUGGGCCUUACCUGGGCUCUGGCUCAGACAGCAUUCUCCGCCGUCUUCACUGAUAGGGCGUAA